AUGGUCGGCAGAGUUCAGCCUGAUCGGAAACAGUUGCCGCUGGUCCUACUGAGAUUGCUCUGCCUUCUUCCCACAGGACUGUUCCUGUUCUGGCAGUGGUUACAACGGCUGUGUAACCUCACCGUGAGGCAGGGGGACACGGCCAUCCUCAGGUGCGUUGUAGAAGACAAGAACUCAAAGGUGGCCUGGUUGAACCGUUCUGGCAUCAUUUUUGCUGGGCAUGACAAAUGGUCUCUGGACCCUCGGGUUGAGCUGGAGAAACGCCAUUCUCUGGAAUACAGCCUCCGAAUCCAGAAGGUGGAUGUCUAUGAUGAGGGCUCCUAUACUUGCUCGGUUCAGACACAGCAUGAGCCCAAGACCUCCCAAGUUUACUUGAUCGUGCAAGUUCCACCAAAGAUCUCCAACAUCUCUUCAGAUGUCACUGUGAAUGAGGGCAGCAAUGUAACCCUGGUCUGCAUGGCCAAUGGCCGUCCUGAACCUGUGAUCACCUGGAGACACCUUACACCAACUGGGAGAGAAUUUGAAGGAGAAGAAGAAUAUCUGGAGAUCCUCGGCAUCACCAGGGAGCAGUCAGGCAAAUAUGAGUGCAAAGCUGCCAAUGAAGUCUCUUCAGCGGAUGUCAAACAAGUCAAGGUCACUGUGAACUAUCCUCCCACUAUCACAGAAUCCAAGAGCAAUGAAGCCACCACAGGACGGAAAGCUUCACUCAAAUGCGAGGCCUCAGCAGUGCCUGCGCCUGACUUUGAGUGGUACCGGGAUGACACCAGGAUAAACAGUGCUAAUGGCCUUGAGAUUAAGAGCACGGAGGGCCAGUCCUCCCUGACGGUGACCAACGUCACUGAGGAGCAUUAUGGCAACUAUACCUGCGUGGCUGCCAACAAUCUGGGGGUCACCAAUGCCAGCCUAGUCCUUUUCAAGCGUGUUUCACCCACAAUCCCCCAUCCCAUUCAAGAAAUUGGCACCACCGUGCACUUCAAGCAAAAAGGGCCUGGGUCGGUGAGAGGAAUAAAUGGAUCCAUCAGUCUGGCCGUACCACUGUGGCUGCUGGCAGCAUCUCUGCUCUGCCUUCUCAGCAAAUGUUAAUAGAAUAAAAAUUUUAAAAUAAUUUAAAAAACACACAAAAAUGCGUUACACAGGAUACAGAGAGAG